AUGAGAAUGCAAAGUGGAAAAAAUGGACUAAAUUACAAAACUUAGUAGUAACAAAAAGACUAAAACUUAGAGAACAAAGAAGAUCAAUUAAAAUAGCAAGAGAAAAGCUCAAAAGUUAUUCAAAAUUCUCUAUAGAAUGAAAAAUAAGACAAAUGA